UGGUCGGCGAAAUGACGAGGACGACGAGGUCGUAGGAGGGAGAUCAUAUAGGCUCGAGGGAUGUCUUUGACAAAUGGAUCAACAACACACAGUCUUACAAUCCAGGUUUACCCCAUUCAAAUAAAACGAACAUCGAUCUCAUAGCUAACAUCAUGUCGUCAUUCGGUAACGUCGUCACCCUCAAAGCCGGUCAGAGCGACCUCUCCGUCCAAGUCAUCGAGAAGGGUCUCCACGUAUUCUCCAUCAGCUUCAACGACAAGAACGGGAAGAAACAGGAGAUCAUCAUCGGACCUGAAGACCCGAAAGAUCAGGUCAAGGAUCGACGAUUCCUCCACUCGAUCGUAGGCAGGUACUGCAACCGUCUCCCCGACACCCCCAUAACCCUGCCCAACGGCCAAUCAUUCACCCCUCAGCAAAACGGCGGAGCCGGUACUUCCUUGCACGGCGGUCCAUCCUCGGCGGGGUGGGACCAAAAAACUUUCACCAACGUUUCUUCUUCCCCCUCUGAAGCUUUGUUCUCGCCUGCGGAGCGGAAAUACCUAGCAGGGCUUGUUGAGCAAGGUCAGGCGGGGGUUUGGGAGUACGUCAGUCCUCAUGGAGAGGGUGGGCAUCUGGGCAAGGUUCGGACGCAGACGGCUUUCGUCGUCGAAGAAGCCAAAGGAGGAAACAAAGAGCAGGUCGGGGCGGUGGAGAUUAUCUAUAGGGCCGAGUUGGUUGAGGGGGAGAUGACGGCUUUGAACAUGACGCACCACUGGGCUUUCAACUUGGAGUUCAGCGAUAUGGGUCGAGACGGACCUUGUCCUGUUGGGGAUGUCAAGAACCAUACUUUGCACUUCAAGAGCAAAGACAUCCUCGACCUAGCCGAAGACACCGCCCUUCCUACGGGCAAGACCGUCCCAGCUCCCAAGUCCCGGGACUUUAGCACCCCCAAGAAGAUCGGGCAGGAUUUCCCCGAGGGUGGGUUGGACGAUUAUUGGAUCUUUGAGAGGGGUAGUGGGGAGAGGGAGGUUCUUGAUGGGGGUGUCGAGGGGAGCGACGUCUUUGCCGAUAUCGAAAAGGACAAGGAAAUCGUCGCUGUCCUCUCUUCCGACAAGAACAACAUCAGCCUCAACUUUACUACCAACCAACCCGGUGUACAGGCUUGGUCCGGGACUGGGGGUUACGACGGGCAGGAUUCCAGGCGAAAGAUCCACGGUGGCAAGGCCGUCGAGAACCAGGAUGAUGGGUACAAGGUGCCUCCUGCGUUCGCCAUGGAGUUCCACUCGGUUUACGACGCCUGGAUGCAUCCCGAGUUGAAGAAGCUUGGCUGGGACACGGUCCUUAAGAAGGGACAGGUCUACAACAACUGGGUCAGGAUGACCAUCAAGUCGGAGUAAUCCGCAACACAGCGAAUGUGAAGUGAAAUCGACCAGCCCGAAACGGGACGGAAUCGAGCGAGUAUUGUUUAGUUUCGUGUACAUCGUGUACAGAUAAAAAUAACAAGCAGAAUGUGUCGUCAGAACAAGCUAUUGGUACGAAUAGUAAAUAUAAAUAUCAUUCUUUUCA